CUAACAGUACUGGCUACAGUGCGUUUGCUACGCUCACACUUUUCUGGUUUCUCAGUAACGACACGACAGUUUCACUGUAUCUGAAGUUGUUAUACGAAGCUCACACACACUGGUAUGAUAAGGAAGUGUGGAAUGCGGAUGCGACCACGAAGUCAGAUAAUGCUUAGUUACCUUCUUACUGCUAAGUGACCAUGGGUAGUACGUGUAAGGAAACAUGCCCAGCAUUUCAUCUGUGCUGAGGAUCGAUCCUGGACCCUUAGUGUGUGAGCUGAGAAUGCUACCAACUAAGCACAAUGGGUAAUUGGUCAUCUAAAAAAUCUGAGACAGCUUCAGCAUCAACAUAUAAUGUAUACCAGCCCCCUAGCAAUGCACAAAGUUCAUCUAAUGUGACAACUGCAUCAUCAGGAAACUAUUCAGGGCAUAGUAACAAUACAGCCCAAACAACAGCAUCAAAUAUAUUCCAGUCUUCUCCACAGCCACCUAGCAUAACACGAAGUUCAUCUAGUGUGACAACUGCAUCUGCAGCAACACAUUCAGUGCAUAGCUAUAAUACAUCCCGAACAACAGCGUCAAAUGUACAGACAUCACAGGUACCGGUGUAUGUCACGGUUCAAAGAGACAUUCCAGUGAAGGCUCAGCAGAUUAUUAAACACAGUGCAAAUUCCUAUAUAAUCCCCAAAUUACAGCAGAGUGAGAGGUGGCAGCAACAAGAGAUUAAUAAUCCUUUCAGUAGUUUACCAGAUAAAUUUGGUUUAAGGAUUUGUCCUCAGUAUAAUAGUAAAACUGGUUGCAGGGCUGAAAUUUGUAGAAGACUUCAUGUUUGCCUUUACCAGGUUAUGAAGAAAUGCAACAAAGACAACUGUGAAAAGGAUCAUUCAUUUACAUCAAAUCAUAAUAACAUGAUCCUUAAAAUUUUUUGGAGGAGGAGAGAUUUUAAUAUAAAUUUACUCACAGAAAUUCUCCAAAACAAUCACAAAGCCAAAAAAAAUACAAAGCAAGAACAAGAUGACUGUAUUUGUCUUUAUAAUAUUAUGAGAAAGUGCAACAGGAAACCUUGCUCCCAAAUUCAUUCUAAGAAAUCAUAUCAGUGGGAAGUAAAAAAUAAUGCAGGAAAGUGGCUACAGUUUUCUUACAAACAAAGUGAUUACUUAGAAAGUAUAUAUUGCGAUCCAUCUCAGGAUUCUGUUGAAUUGCUUCCAUUACCAUCAGAGUUGCUAAACCAUAAACCAUUUCAUGCACUUAAAUGUCUCCUGGCACAAGGCCAGUCAUGGGAAGUUGAUAUGGAGAGGAUGAAGCUUUUCGCAGGAAGUCUCAGUUAUUGUAUACGUAGACUGUCAACACCAUCUGACAUCACAUCUGACUUUCAUAUGGCUUGUCGUUGGAUCUGGUACUGGCAGGAUGAUGAUAAUUUAUGGAAACCUUACACCGAUGGUACUCGAAAGUUUUUUAUUGUAGCUCUCAGUGAUCAGUUAGAAUACCAUCUACACUUUGGUCAUGGCACAUUCAAUGUUACACUUGGUACACAUACCUAUGUUAUUGAUACUCAAGAUAUGAUUCAGAAAAAUACAGAAACAGGUAAGAUACGAACAGUACGGAGAAGACCAGUUUGUACGAUAUUUGAGGAUAAGGUAACAUCAUUUGAUAAAAUGUUUUCAACAUUGCCCAGUGACAAGAGAUACAUGCUAUUUCCUGUUCUUCCUUCAACUUCAGAAUUUGUUUUUAUAGAGAAAAUGAUAAAAAAUACUCUCCCAAUGGCUAAUUUAAAAAUACAGAGAAUUCAGAAUGAUCAUUUAUGGAAUGCAUACCAGAAUAAAAAGAGUCAGCUUUUAGCUCUAUAUAAUGACUUAUCACUGGUGAAUGAACAGUAUCUCUUCCAUGGAACAAAGCAUUCUGUAAUUGAUCAAAUUUGUUGUGAAAAUUUAGAUUGGAGACUUUAUGGUAGUAAUGUUGGCAAUGUAUAUGGCCGGGGAACAUAUUUCUCAAAUAAAGCUAGUCUGUCAGAUAGUUACAGUGAGACUAACAAUUUAAAUCAAAAAGCACUCUUUGUAAUAUAUGUAUUGGUUGGUACAAUGACAGUUGGAAAUUCUGGUAUGACAUUGCCUCCUACAAAUCCUGAAACGGGGAGAUGUUUUGAUACAACAUGUAAUGAUAAACUAAAGUCUGAAAUAUUUGUUAAGUAUAAUAGAGAUGAAUAUUAUCCAGCUUAUAUAGUGAAGUAUUACAAGCCCACAUGUCAGUAUUAAAUCAACUGGCCUUGGUUACUUACAGAAACAAGAAGGAAAGACAAAGUAUAUUACUGUACUGUGUGAUGUACAAUCAGCUGCUUAAUAUUAAAUUUGUUGAUUUAAGUGCAUCUGCUGAUAAUGGCUAGGAAUUUCCAUGCAGGACUCCAGUGCUUUAUAAGGUAAACACAAAAUUACUUUGCCUGUUAUGUAGAAGUCUAGUCAGUCAGGUAAAUUCAAAAUUCAAAUUCAAAUUUUUUAUUUCUUUUAUAUAGUACACUUGUAAUAUUGAAAUUUAGAUCAGCAGUUGCAUUUGUAUUUACCAACAUUUACAAUAACUUCCACAAACAUUAUAGUAAAUUGUUCCAUUAAAACUUCCAACAAAUUGCAUGCAAACAAUUCCAUUAGUGGUUAAUAGUUUAUUUUAAGGCUGCUCAAAAUACUCUUCAUAACUAAGGGCUUUCCAUAAUGAAAUAAAAUUUAUCAUUUAUCAUUUGGUACUAUACUGUAUCACUUGCAGGAGUUAGUAGGAGCUAUCAUGUUCUCAGCCUGAUACUACACUUUACUCCAGCCAAAGCAAACAACAUAGCAGUAUGUACACUACUUAUUCAGAUUCAAAAUUUAUUUCUUAAUGAUAGGUAAGCUUGUUGAACAUAAACUAUGUGAGUAAUGUGUUCAUCAUCUUGUUUAUGUGCCCCUACUUUGUCCCAGUGACAGUUUCACUGAAAAUUCCUGUGAUAUGUAUGCUCUGCUUGGUCAUUUCUAGUGCCUUAAACCAUUGUAUCUCUUAGCACUAUAAGCAAUUAGAUAUUAGUAAACAAAAAAUCUGAAGGCAGGUUUCCCCUCCUUCCUGUUGUGUAUUUUGUGUAUUAUGUGAUCUUAUACAAUUUUAAUGAAUGUUAUGUUCUUGCACAAUUGUUACAAGGAUGGGUUAACAUUGUAUAGAAAAAAAACAUAAUUAUACAUAGCAUUUUGAGCACUUAAAUUAAAAAUAAAACUAAUUGAGUUGAAUUUAUAAAUUUACGUCAUUUGAGACAAGUGCAAAUGUUACAAAACAGUUUUGCUGAAAAUUGUGUUUUCUUUUUUUUUGGGUGGGGGGGGGGGGAGAGGGGGCUUCAUAGAUAUAAUUAUGCUUUAGCAAUGGCAGGAGGUAUUCAAGAUAUCCACACACAUUAUUGUAUCUAAUGAUUUUAAGUCUGAAAUUGGAUGCUUUAUCCAAGUUUCAAAAAGUUAGAAUGAUAAUUUAUAAAUUUUUCUUUUAAUUUUUUUUUUUAUGCACCAUGGCUAUGAUUUGCAUAACAUUCUACAUGGCUAGAUUGAGAUGUUGAUCUGAUACCCCACUUAACAGGAUGGUUACUGUUAAAGGGUUCUUGAUCCAAGGAUUGGAUCUACUCUUACAAGUUUAGGAAUAAUAUACAUGUAUACCAGUUUUGCAGCAUUAGCCGUGAGUUUGACUUCGACCCUUCUAAUAGGUCUGUAAUUACUUUUAGUGACACUACUGUACUGGACAACCAUCACACAGAAUGGUGCAGUUUUAAUCCGAUUGAUGACUGUAGAAUAUAACCACACCACACAUUCAGCACUACAUGGUCACUUCAUACACACAUCUGAGUGAUAACAGCAGUGCAAGACAGUAACACAAGAGAAGGGCAUAACAUUAGCAUUGAACAGCAUAAUACUGUACAUCAAGAUAUAUACAAUAUACUAUGCUCAAUGCAUUUACACAGGCAGUGGGACACCAUCAGCUAUGUUUAAUACUUGAAAGCAGGUGCAGUAGACUGGAAAAAUUAUGCAAAUUAUAAUGGGGAAGUGCUGAACCCUAAGGGGGUCACAUAGCACCUAGCAAGGCCAUUAGGUUUGAUCCAAGGAAUGGACCUUUUCAAUUCCUUUGAUCAUGAGCCUGUAUUUGGCAUCAAAAUACCUUCCUGAAGGGUGAGGACAAGCAUUCGUGAAGUGGUGCACAUUCCCGUUGCAAUUCAUCCUCAUACCAUAGUUAGAACACUUGAUUAUAAACACUGUAUGACCCUUUUGGGUUUAGCACUUAAUGUGAUUACACUGUUAUUGGUUAUCAACAUUUUCCACUUUGGCAGAUGCUCUCCCUCUCCCUAAAUACCAUAAGUUUCCUGCAUUUCUAUAUAAUUUGCUUAUUGCUGAUUAACUCAUUACUUAAUUCACAGGGAAAUGCUAAACCUGUAAGGGUCAUACAGCAUGUGUAAUUAUGUGACCAUGAAGUCUUGUAAUUUUCAUUACCAGUGAGUAGGGGAUUUCCACUUUGCUAAGCUUGAUAAUUUAUUUUCCCAAUUAAAUAUAAAAGAUGGCAGUUUUCCAGUCUUUAACUAUACCUUGAAAUGAGCAGCUUAUUGACAAAACAUCCAUAUAGUACCUCUUCAUUGCAAAUGUUUAGUAUUUAAGUUUUUAUCAAUACUGUAUAAUGAAAGGAAUUACCAAGAAAUCUAGUAGUGCUUUGGGUAAAUUUAUUCUAUUCCUACCUUGUCUCAACCCCUCUCAGUUUGGAUUCAGGACUAAUAAAAGCACAAAUGAUGCUAUUGUACACAUGCUAGAACUAAUAUACACUGCUCUCGAGAAGAAAGAGGUCCUACUGGGAAUCUUCAUUGAUUCACAUAAAGCUUUUGAUACAGUCAACCAUGAUUUGCUGCACAUUAAAUUAACACACUGUGGUAUAAGAGGGCACUCCCUCAACUACCUAAAGUCAUACUUUAGUAACAGAAGCCAAUGUGUGUACACAAAUGGAGCUAACUCUUCCACACAACCAAUUACAGUUGGGGUCCCAUAAGGAAGUGUCCUUGGCCCUCUCCUCUUUCUCAUUUACAUCAGUGACCUACCGAAUGCAUCACAACUACUCAAACCCAUAUUAUUUGCAAAUGACACAACAUACGUCUUCUCACCCAAACCCAGUCAUGCUGGCCAACACUGUUAAUGCUGAAUUGCAGAAAAUAUCUACCUGGAUGAUGAUUAACAAGCUUACACUCAAUAUUGACAAAACCUGUUUCAUUCAGUUUGGAAACAGCCACAAAUCUACUGCUAAACGGAUCACCCAUCACAAGACAUACAGAGGGAAAGUUCCUAGGAAUCCACCUUGACAGUAGCCUUAUUAUUAUUAUUAUAAUCAAGGGGGAAGCGCUAAACCCGGAGGAUUAUACAGCGCCUGGGGGGGAUGUGGAAGGCAUUCAGGCUUAAUUCGGGGAACUGGAGCACAGAUCCAAUUCCCUAAAUCAAGAGCCCCUCACCAACAUCAAGGAACCUUCCUUGAGGGGACAGUAGCCUUAAAUUCCAGACCCAUAUACAACAAAUUUCAAAGAAAAUCUCCAAGACAUACUAUCAAAGAUAUGGUACUAUGUUCCACAAUCAGCUCUCCUUACACUGUAUUACUUGCUCAUCUACCCUUAUCUCACCUAUGGAAUUUGUGCAUGGGGGCCAACAACAUUAAAUCACCUAAGACCACAAAUAACCCAGCAAAAGGUUACAGUCAGAAUGAUAACAAAUUCCCACUCCAGACAGCAUACUCCACCAAUAUUCAAGUCUAAAACUACUCACCGUAAAGAACAUCCAUACUUAUUCUUGUGCCUGCUGCAUACAUAGAACACUACACUCAAACAUAAACCCUUCACUCAAACUUCUCACCAACCUUAAUAGGAAGCAUGACCAUAACACAAGACACAUCACUUUUUGAUGUACCCCAUGUCCACAUCACACUGUGUAAGAACUCUAUGCACAUAAAGGGCCCCAAAAUUUUAAACACAUUACCAGUAAAUACUAAAGUAACCUGGUCUGAACAUCAAUUUAAGACUUCUCAAAAACCAUCUACUCAUCCUAAACUAAAUAUUCAAUACUCAAUACUUAAAUUUACCAAAAGAUCUCCCAAUUACCUAAAUCUUAACACUUCAAAAUUUAAAUACCCAAGGUUCAUUUUUUUUUUUUUAUUAUCACACUGGCCAAUUCCCACCAAGGCAGGGUGGCCCAAAAGGAAAAACAAAAGUUUCUCCUUUCACAUUUAGUAAUAUAUACAGAAGGGGUUACUAGCCCCUUGCUCCUGUGUAGUAUAAAUACCUUCACAAAACACUACUGCCUUGCACCAUAUUGUAGCAUUCUCAUACUGUAAACUACUUUCACCAGUGCUCAAUAUUAUACUAUUCCAAUAAUGUAACUUAAAUAUUUACUAUUGAUAUACACAACCUUCAAAAUACUUUCAAAUUGUCCCAGUGUAAUAUCCCCAGAUUGUAACUUUAGUUAAUUUACUGUCUGCUUUAAAUAAAAACAGAUGUACAACUUAAACUAUGAUCAAUUUCUCUGGUAUUUAGUCUGUAAGCCAUUAAUUUAGUCUGCCCAUAAUGCUGUGGCAUGAUAGUGGCUGUCUUUGCGCUGCAACUCAUUAUUGUAAUUUCAUAAUCUCACUGUAAACUUGCAAAGAAAUAAAAAUUGUACUGUAUUGUAUAGGGAACCAGAUUUAGAAUAAUGUUUUGAGGGCUGAAUCAAAACACCACUCCUGAAACAGUUUCUUCAGAUCUCGCCUUGCUUUGGUUGGGAAAAAAAGACUAAUAAAAAAAUGAGGUAUAUUUUAAAGGUAAGAGCUCUGAAUACUGUAAACUUUAUUUGUAUUUACAGUACAAUCGUAAUAAAUAGGAUUGUACAGAAAUGAUAGAGUCCUGUUUGUUUACUAAAUAACUAAUAGUUGCAGGAAAUUGGUCAUUACAAUUAAGUGCUGACAAAUUGCAUAAGUUAAAAUAUUCACCUAUGACACUACCUUAAACAAAAAAAAUAAACUAGUUUUAGUUUAUUAAGUCUCACCUACAAUAUUAUCAUCAAAAUCAAGUGCUAAACCCACAAGGGUCAUACAGCAUUGAUCUAUAAUAACAGACGUGUCACACCAAUUUAAAAUCAGGCAUUUUGCUAUAGUUAUCUAUGUAGCUAGAUGAUUAUAAUAAUAAUAAUAAUAAUAAUAUGUAGCUAGAGAAAAUCGAAGGAAGGGGGAGGGCAGUGAGUCAACUGUAUAUUGAAUUUGUCAUUUUGAAGUACAUCUUUAAAAAUUAAUCCUUAAAUUGUCAGUGGGAGUAAAAUGAAGAUGUAUUGUGCAAAAAUAUUUUCUUUUUGCCCAAAAAUUGGCCGAUUUAAAAAAAUUGAAAAUAGUUAAAAACUUGCAAAAUUAGAAUGUUCUGAAAGUGACUCCUUAUAUGGUAACAUUGUUGCAUCUGCAGGCUUGCAGUUGUGUACUGCAUGUUUUUUACUUUUUUUUUUUUCAAUUCUUUUCAGCACCUGGAGGAUGUUCCAGGGGCCAGCGCCCCCACAACCCAGUGCAUGACCUCACCGAGGAGUUUGGAGAGUUUUAUACAUGAACCAUGUCCGUUCUUCAGUGUUGGUACAUACAUCAUACAUUUGGGCAUAUUUUUUUAGUAGAAUGAAAUUAUGUAAUGCUUCAAAGCAUGGUUCUAACAUGGGAAUUCAUGCUCUUCAAUGACUGGUUGCAUCAGGACCCUUUCCUGGGUAUUUAUCAGUGAUCUGCUUAAUGGUAUUUCAUUGAAUUUUUGGCAAGCUGGUCUAUUACCCAUCUUCAUCAGGUACAUAUGAGCAAUCAGCAUGACAACAUCGAAAUAAAAACACUUAAGCAGUAUUAUGCGAUCCUUUAUUGACGUUUCACCCAUGCAGUGGGCUUUAUUGUCACAAACAGAUCUACCUGGGUGAAACAUACAUGGCUAUAUAUAGAAUGGGACCUAGGUAGUAGGUUAGUAGACAGCAACCGCCCAGGGAGGUACUACCGUCUUGCCAAGCGAGUGUAAAACGAAAGCCUGUAAUUGUUUUACAUGAUGGUAGGAUUGCUGGUGUCCUUUUUUCUGUUUCAUAAACAUGCAAGAUUUCAGGUAUGUCUUGAUACUUCUACUUACACUUAGGUCACAUUGCACAUACAUGUGCAAGCAUAUAUAUAUACAUACCCCUCUGGGUUUUCUUCUAUUUUCUUUCUAGUUCUUGUCUAUUUCCUCUCGUCUCCAUGGGGAAGUGGAUCAGAAUUCUUCCUCCGUAAGCCAUGCGUGUUGUAAGAGGCGACUAAAAUGCCAGGAGCAAGGGGCUAGUAACCACUUCUGUAUAUAUUACUAAAUGUAAAAGGAGAAACUUUCGUUUUUCCUUUUGGGCCACCUCGCCUCGGUGGGAUAUGGCCGGUGUGUUGAAAGAUAUAGAAUGGGAAUGCUGGGUCAGGUGAAGAAAGGUGCAAGUGACCCAGCAUUCCCAUCCUAUAUAUAGCCACAUGUUUCACCCAGGUAAAUCUGUUUGUGACUUGAUAAAGCCCACUGCGUGGGUGAAACGUUGUCAAUAAAGGAUCACAUUAUA